GCCGGCUGUCGCAUUACUCAGAUCCACUUAUUAUGUGGUGGGAUUAUUCCCUUGCUGUCUGCGUUGGAGAUGGCCAUGGCUAAAAAUGCUGAUAAAAUUGGUCUCAGGUAAGUAACUCUUAAUCCCUUCGCUUCCAAAAGAACUGAUUAUCAAAAGCAUGAAUCGCUAUAAAAGCCAAAGCACUGCUAAAAAGGUUAUAUGUGAAUGGUCGCACAAUGUAUUCACAGUAUGUUUUAGCGGUUGAUAUUUUGUCCGUCUGGCGACUUCGGUUCCCGAGGCGUGAGUUUUGGUCGUGUCAUUGUGUUUGGUUCUUUUCGCCGAGCAGUUUUUCUUUUUCCAACUUCAACUUCAACUUCAACUUCAACUUUAUUUCAUAAGACUAUUGGUUACAAUAGACUGGCCCGCAAAAUAGCAAUUGCUAAUCUAGGCGGACCAGUUAAAAGAAAAAUAAAUUGAAAGGAAAAGAAAGGAAAAGAAAAGGAAGAAAAACUAAAAUUUUAAGUUACAAUAAAUAAUAUUCUAUCACAGUUUUAUUUUAAUUACAUUAAAUCUGAACAAGCAAACAAACAAAUACUUUAAUACAGAAAUCACUAAACUAUUAAUCGAACUUUUUCAACUAUUAAGGGCGUCUCAAUAUAGUCAUCUUCUCUUUUUAAGAUAUCCGAAAGCAAUCUGUGAAGUACUUUCCUAAAUUUCUUUUUAGGAAGAUCUCUAAUAUGACAAGGCAUCUCAUUCCAAAGUUUUACACCUUAAAGCGAGACAAGGAGUUUUUGUGUAUUUCCAGCUUUGAGCUUUUGACGUGAAAGUUACCUGAACUAGAUGAUCUUGUAUAGUAUGAAUGAAUUGUUGAGGUUUUUUCAAAUAAAUUGAACAGAUUUGUUGGCCAAUUGUUGUUGUUAAUAUCGUGCAUUAGAUUAGCCACAGUUUUAUAAUACAUAAAUGACACUGGUAAUAUGUCAGCGUCGAUAAAUAGAGGAACUGCGUGUUCACGAAUAUCCGUAAAAUACAUCAUGCGAAGCACUUUCUUCUGGAGAAUUAAAAUUUUAUUGAGGGACGUCUUGGAUGCCUGACCCGCUGAGAAGUAUUUGGUCAGGGUUUUUUAAAAAGAUAUUAUCAAUUAACGUAGCUGAGUUCCUAUGGACUCGAGUGGGCUUAUCAACUGUUGGAAUGAGAUAGCAACUUUGUAAGGACAUUAAGAAGUCAUUAAGAAUUUGAGAUGUUUCGCAUUUCAAUAGAUCUAUGUUGAAAUCGCCCAUGAUAAAUACAUUUUUAUUAAGAGAUGUCAAUUUUUCGAUGGUUUCUUCGAAGUAAGACAUGAACUGAUCCGGAGAAUUGUGUUGGCGAUAUAUUAUACCACAGACAAUGCUUUUGUUAUUUGCAAAAGAUAUUUCAAUCCAAAGGGCUUGAAAAGCUUCAUUAGAGAUCUUUUCUAAAACUGUGUAAUUUAGUGAUUCGUGAAUGAAAAGGCUAACACCUCAUUUUUGUUGCAGCAAGGAAAGUCGAUCUCUGAGAGUAGUCCGCGUUGAGCUAGAUAACGGUCAGCGGCUGGUAGGUCUCCGUUACCCAGAGCAACUCAUACCGGAAGCUACAUUGUUUCUGAAGGAGCAACAGUUGCUCGACGCCGUUAUAGUAAGUAAAUAUCGAUUUGUAUAAAGAAAAGUGUAAAAAAUUCUCAUCACACACUUUUGGCCAAGCACUCGUGUUAAAAAAACAGUCCCCGACCGGUCCUUAAUUUUAGCAGCCUUGAACGAUUGAUAACCACACUCAGUCAUCAUCAAGAACUCCUCUUAACCUUAAGUCCCAAGAGUGACCAACAUUAAUUUUCUCCUAACAAUAAUAUUUAACAAUUAUUCCUGUCGCCUUCAUGGCCUCUGAGUCAAUAGCCCAUGAGGCCGAAGGCCAAAUGGUCUAUCAACUUAGAGGCCAUGAGGGCGAGAGGAAUAAUUUUUUUUAGUAAAAUCCAACUAGCUGGUCAAAAAUAUCGAGACAAAACAGGUUAAGCUGGUUAAAGCUAGACUUUAAUCCUUUUUUUGCCGCCAAAAAGCGCGCGCUUUUCGCUGCUAGUGGGCUAUAACAUAUAGCCUAGUAGUAGCUCAACCAAUCAGAACGCAGCAUUGAUAAUGGAUCACUAGUUGGAUUUUACUAAGUAGAUUUAACCAGGGCUAAAAGCGAAGCUCUGGUUAAUAAUACUUAUAAACAAGCAAAAAUUAAAACUUGUAAUGCUAAACGGGGACGGCAAUGAAAAUGGCAUCAAGUUUAAUAGAUCUGAUUAGCAAAAAAACAAAUUGCACGUGCAGCACACUUUUUUUUCUAAUUAGCAAAAAUUAAGAAUUUGUUCAUGCUUAGCGUGCGUAUAUCGAGUUAUGGAUGCACACGGGAAGUUUGGAGAGCACGAAAGAUGCGUAAGAGUUGCACGAGGCGAUAGCCGAGUGCAACUCUAGCUUCUUGAGUGCUCUCCAAACUUCCCAAGUGCAUCCAUAACUCGAUAUACGCACAGCUAAAAGCAUGAGCAAAUUCUUUUAUAACAUAGCUGACAAAAAUCAGUGCUCGCUUUUUGAUUAACUGCAAAAUUCUCGUAACGCGCGACACAACAACAAACGGUUCUAUUGGCUGAUUACGAACACGCCACAAUCGUCUAGUUUGAAUGAAAAUAUUCUUUUUGUAAAAGUGAGAAAGAAAAUUUGCUUUUUUAUUCGUUAACGAUCAAUGGAAACUAAGCAGAAACAAAGGUAAAAGAGUCUUAAAGUUCACCUAAAGUUGAACUGCUAACAUGUUCGUAAGAAGUCGUGGAGUAUGGUUUGGAUUUGCUGAAAAGAUGUUUACGUUUUGCUCGGCGAAAUCCAGAAAGCAUGUUUUUAGCGAAGACGACUGUCAUCCUUCUUUGAACUUAUAUUCAUUUACGAACAUUGCCUGGUCAUUACGGCUUCUUGAGAGGACCUGGCAGCAGUUGCUUUUGUGAGUAAUAUAUCUAUGUCUUCUUGUGUAAUUUGUGUUGUUAUUGCGAGAGAAAUUUUCCUGCUUCAGUCGGAUUGUCCGGAGAUAACAAAGUGCAUAACAAAUUUAAAAACAACAAUAAAAACGGAAAUUUUGCCUUGUUGAUGGCCAGUUGGUGUCUGUUCUGUUCCCAGUGAAUGUCUUUAGGCCAAAAUUUGCUGCAGCUAGUCUUCGACAAAUUUGCGAAACGCGCAACUUGCGAGUUUUUUUUUUCAUUCCGCUUUAUUUUUGCUGCUUGUUGGAUCAGGACCUAAAAGGUCAAUACCGAUAGAAAAAUUGGGCAGUUCUUCGCUGGUUUCUUCCGUAUUUUAAAGAGAACGAAAAAUGUACUAAAAGACGACAACUUUGCAGCCAGGUAAGAAAAAAAAUGCUCACGUCAUCUUAUUUACGCACGGGCGUGCGUAAAUAAAGAUUUUGUUCAUAGCGGCUCAAUAGGACUUAUAUAGGGCAAGCACGCGCGCUAUGUUAUAAAACAAAUUUGCACGUGCAGCACGCUUUUUGUCUUUCUUUGCGUUGUUUUGCACAACUACAACGCUGUUUUGUUGGACUAAAUCGUCAAACUUCCUAGUUACACAUUAUUUUUAUGGAGGAAUUUUCGUAUCUGCUUACCCAAUAUUUUGUCUCCUGUGUUCAUGUUCGCUUUUAUUUUUCACUGCCUUUCAUUUUCACCUUGCUGGGCGUUCCUUGCUGGCCGCUAGCAUUUCUCAUUGUCUCACCGCCGCUUUGAAUUUUUAUGUUUUUCUUCCUACAAAAUUCGGCUGUAGCUCUUUCUCUGUUAUCCACGUGAAUGUAAACAUCAGAAAUAACAUCGAAAAAUACAUGACUUUGUACUUCUCACUUAGGCCAAAAUGUUGGCUUAGGGGAGGGGUAGGUGGGCAGUUUCCCAGAAGCGUGUAAUGAUCCAUAAUAUCAAUACGUAACCAAGAGAAAAGGUUAUAAGACUUAAUAAAAUGUAACCAAAAGUUGAUCUUUUACCAAAUUCUCUAUACGUGAAGAAAAAGUCUGAAGAUUUUAUUUGUCUGUGGAUACUGGGUUUUCGUAGUACACAACAGAGAAUAAGUUUUAUUUUAACAUCGCAGCAUGAUCUUGUUACUUAUCUGAUAUUUAUUUCAAAUUAUUAAUAACCUGCGAGUUCAGCCUUCUCUCAUUGCCCCCGUUUCUGGGGACGUUAGCGAGAAUUUGGUUAAAAUUUUUAUCAUGCUUUACUACUGCUUCUAGGCUUCAACUUUGAACCGGGUUAGGUAUUGUUUUGACUUAAACGAUUAUCUUUUUUUUGUUGUUGUUUUUUUUUUCCUUUAUUUUCUAGGACAAACAAAAUGGUGUUUUGAGUUCAACAGAACCUUCUCUUAGACAGCCAUCAAAAGCCAGCCGAGCGUUUGAGGAAGCGGAAACGCCCAUCAACCAAAGGACGUUAAUUAAGGCUACUACUCCUCCUGUAACUAUAAAGAAUUUCUUUAAACCGAAGACUGUUGAACGAUCACCUGAGAGUAAUAAAAGUGCAUCAGAACAUCAGGAUGUUAAGGAAAAGAGCGGGGAAAAUGACUGCAAUGAGAUCGAAAAUCAAGAAAUCGAGAACAACGCCAAAAACAGCACGGAUGACAAACAAGCAACGACCAAAGUAAGUAAGAAGGAAGUCAAAUCAAUAUACUUUAAAUCGAAGGGAAGAGAAAAGGAAGAGCUCCCGGAAAAUAAAGGACCUUUCAAAGGUGCUGCUAAGUGUAAUGGUCUUGUGCGCCACCUUUCGGAACCCCUUUCGAAAGAGAACCUUCAAGGAAAGAACUCUUUGAAACGAACUAGUUCUGAAGCGUCGUCAAGGGCGGUUAAGCGACAGAAGCAAUCGAGCAUUUUGUCUUCGUUUGGGAAUUGGACUGAUAAAGAUUCUAAGGACCAAAUGGAGAAGGAAAUUCUCUGCCCUGUUUGUGGGGAGAAAUUUGCGAGCGGAUUGAAAAAUUCUGAUAUCAACAAACACAUCGACAAUUGUCUCAGUAAAUGA